CCAGGUUGCUCUAACCACGGUCAAAAUAAGGACGUGUCCAACCCUGGGUGUCAAACAUCUAAAUCUACCACACAAGCAGAGUACUGAAUAUUUAAAGUAUGAGUGAUAUUGUUGGAAUUGGACCCAAUCAGUUUGUGCAUGUCUUGAACGUGACUACCAGCAUUACAUCUUUGGAAAUUGGGCCAAAGACAUUAGUGCUACAAAUAAAUGAAUUAUUGACAGUUGGACCAUUACCAUGUGUUGUAGUACCACCUGGUCAUUAUUGCAUUGUUAAAGAUCCUAUCAGAAAGUAUGAGCUAGGCAAACCAUGCCAACUUAGACAUGGCCAUUUUGAAGUUAGAUUUCACAAGGAACCAUUUGCACUGUAUCCAGGUGAAUCCUUAGUGGAUGCAGAAGACUUCACAAAGUCAUGUGCAGGGAAAGAGAAAACUUACUUACCAGCUAUUAAGACAUUACCAGUGGUGAAAGCACAUCAUGCCUUAUUGGUGAUGGCUAGAGUAGACCAUGAUGAUGGUGGUGAACAGAGAAAAGCUGGGGAUACAUGGCAUGUAGAAGGUCCUGUAACUUAUAAACCCACGGCAGAGGUGGAGAUAGUGAGUGUCAUUAAGCCACAUGUGAUAAAUUAUGGACAAGCUCUGAGAAUCCAGGCUAAACAAGACUUUAUUGAUAGAAAUGAUGUGCAAAGAGUGACUGGAGAAGAAUGGUUAGUGAAAAAACCAGGUGCAUAUUUACCAGGUGUUUAUGAGCAGAUUGUACAAGUAUUAAAUUCCUAUACUUUAACGCAAGAAGAUGCUUUACAUUUAAGAGCAACUCAGAAAUUUACAGAUGCACUUGGUAUUGACCGUCUAGCUGGGGAGGAAUGGUUAUUAACAUGUGACCAAACCGAGUCUUAUAUUCCAGAUGUAGGAGUGAAAGUACUAAAGGAAAUAAAAAAGACUGUGUUAGAAAAGAAUGAAUACUGUGUUGUUGUGAAUCCUGUGAAAGAUGGACAUUGUAUGCUGGGCCAACAGGAACUAAGAGAAGGCAUUACAAAUUUCUUCCUUCAUCCAGGUGAGAAACUCUUACAAGGAAUUCAAAAAACAUUCAUCCUGAUGGAGGACCAAGCAUUAGUUGUACAGGCUCAAGAUGAAUUUACUGAUACUUCUACGUCAGGUAUGAAGGGCAAGUUUUCUGUUGAUGUCAGCAGACACAAGCGAUUAACACCAGAGUUGUGUAUCAAUCCGAGCUGCAAGAUAAAAUUGAUACUACCCUAA